CAAAAGGUUUUAUGUUCGGGUUUUUUAAGCAAGUAAUCAAAGGUUUGAGUAUUGACUCUUGCACAUGAAAAGAACUUAGUUGAGUAGUGCUAGCUAGUAGGGACAACUCACAUUUGAAUACUGUUUGGUCUAUAGAACUAGAAAGAGAUUAAUCUUGAUCAAGGAAGAUACUCUUUACAAAGAUAUACGUAGCAAAAAAAAAAAAAUAGUUUAUUGUUAAGAAAACAAAAACAUGUCAGGGCCUGAGUGCUGUUCAAAUCCACCAAGCCUGAACCCCAGUAGAGGAUGUGGGCAUGUCGAUAAAGUGGGAGGUGUCGAUUCCUAUUUCAGUGGCUCUUCUCACUCUAAACUCGCCCUUCUUAUGCUCUCUGAUGUCUUUGGCUAUGAAGCGCCAAAUUUAAGUUUGCUGACAAAGUUGCAGCUGCUGGGUAUUAUGUGGUUGUUCCUGACCUCUUGGAUGGUGAACGGAGCUGGCCACGUUGAAAAACUCGCUGCUCUCGAUUCCUAUCUCUCUGGUUCCCCUAAUUCCAUUGCCAUUCUUCUCGUCUCCGACGUUUUUGGAUAUGAAGCACCAAAUUUAAGGAACAUUGCAGACAAGGUUGCAGCUGCUGGGUAUUAUGUGGUUGUUCCUGACUUUUUCUAUGGUGAUCCCUAUAAUCCUGAGAAUGCUAGCAGGCCUUUAUCUGUUUGGUUGAAAGAUCAUGGCACGGACAAAGGAUCAGAAGCUGCAAAAUCCAUAAUUGAAGCUUUGAAAAGUAAAGGUGUGACAGCUAUUGGGGCUGCUGGAUUUUGUUGGGGGGGUAAAGUCGUGGUUGAACUUGCAAAAUCCAGACUAAUCCAAGCUGAUGUGCUAUUACAUCCAGCAUUUGUCUCUGUGGAUGAUAUCAAGGGUGUUGAUAUUCCAACAGCUGUGCUUGGAGCUGAGAUUGACAAAAUGUCACCUCCAGAGCUUGUAAAACAGUUUGAACAAGUCCUAACUGCUAAACCUGGGCAGGUUGAUUGUUUUGUUAAAAUAUUUCCUAAAGUUUCACACGGUUGGACUGUUAGAUACAACCCUGAAGAUGCAGAAGCUGUAAAGGCUGCAGAGGAGGCCCAUCAGGACAUGCUAAACUGGUUUGCUAAACAUCUUAAGUAGAAAUCUUGUUAUGAUAAGAGUAUGUACGUGUUUAGACAACAAAAUAAAACAACAUAGAACUUCUAUGUGGAUUAUUGUCAUUUUCUGCGGUGGAGGAUGUAAAACUUCUAAUCAUUCAGUGUAGGUGUAGUUUACAAGAAAAUAAGUGCUGUAUUGCUUGUAGGACAUGCAACACGUUACUGAAAGUUUUAUAUGCUAAUAUAUGAUAAAUAAAAUAUUAUAUGCUAAUGAUUAAUGAA